AUGGUCCGCGUCGUGUCAUGCCGCUUCUUGCGUCUGGGCUGCAACGAAGACGACCACCCGCUCUUCCGCCGAUACUACGCCAGGAGUAAUCGGGAACGAGGCAUUAAGCUCUUGCGGUGCUUCCCGCAUUGCUGUCCGGAGCACGUACAGCGCUGCUACUGCGGCACUUCCAUUCACGUCGAGGUGACGUUCGCAACUAUUCGACCCUCGUCCGUUCCGGAUAACCUCUUGGUGUGUGCUCGCUUUGAGCCAUCGCGAAUUGAACCUCUUUGGCCUAAUAACAUACUAGACGCGCCCCAGACUGAUAUCAUUGACGAGAAUGAGCGCACACUGCAUCUCGGUGAGGUCGUGACACUACCCGCAAGUCUCUUAGGCACGGACAAGUGUAAACCUAACGAGACAGUGUGGAUCCGAGCUGACCGAGAAGGUGAAGUGAAGCAAAAGACGCUCCCACAGGUUAGCAAGUUUCUGUUAGCAGCGACUAAACGAGCAGCAUUUAACUUUAAUUUGUUGUGA